CGUCAAUACAGGGCGCCGCAAGUGCGGGCUACGUAGCGGUAGGGGAAGUAGCCCCGGCGGUGGCUGGGCUCGGCUGCCGGGCGAAGGUGGCGGUAGUCUUGGGCCCAGGGCUCGGCGGCACGGGCCUUCAGGUGAGGCCUGCUCUGUGUGAGCGGGGUGUCAUUCGUCCUGACGCCCGUUUCCACGGGCAGCGGCGUCUCGGCGGCCGGCAGUUGGAGCCUUCCCCUGGCAGAAGAUGCUGCCAAGUACUUCAGUGAGUUCUUCGAUGCAGGGGAAUGGAGUCUUGAAUUCCAGGGAUGCAGCGAGACACACGGCUGGAGCCAAGCGCUACAAGUACCUCAGAAGGCUUUUCCGAUUUCGCCAGAUGGACUUUGAGUUUGCCGCAUGGCAAAUGCUCUACCUGUUCACGUCUCCACAGAGAGUUUAUAGGAACUUUCAUUAUCGGAAGCAAACAAAGGAUCAGUGGGCCAGAGAUGACCCUGCUUUCUUGGUCCUCUUAAGUGUCUGGCUCUGUGUGUCCACCAUAGGAUUUGGCUUUGUGCUGGACAUGGGAUUUUUUGAGACAAUAAAGCUGCUCCUGUGGGUUGUAUUCAUAGAUUGUGUAGGUGUUGGCCUUCUGAUAUCAACUUUGAUGUGGUUCAUCUCCAACAAGUAUCUAGUGAAGCGGCAGAGCAGAGACUAUGAUGUGGAGUGGGGCUAUGCCUUUGAUGUGCAUCUGAAUGCAUUUUAUCCACUCCUAGUCAUUUUGCAUUUUAUCCAGCUCUUUUUCAUCAACCAUGUUAUCCUCACAGAUACAUUUAUUGGAUACUUAGUUGGAAAUACUUUAUGGUUGAUUGCUGUUGGCUAUUAUAUCUAUGUGACCUUCCUGGGAUACAGUGCGCUGCCGUUUUUGAAAAAGACAGUGAUCCUGCUCUAUCCAUUCGCACCUCUAGUUGUGCUGUACGGACUGUCGCUGGCACUGGGGUGGAACUUUACCCACAUGCUGUGUUCCUUCUACAAGUACAGAGUGAAAUGAAAGGUGACAACAGCACUGUAGCUGAACUGUCUGGUGUUGGAGAAGGGAUCUCUUCUUGUAAAGUCUGUAAAUUAUCUUUGUAGAUAUCUUAAAGAUGUAAAGUUUACAAAUUUGGAGUGAUACUAACACUAUUGUCCAGACCAUUCCUGAAAACUAAUUAAAUGUACAUUUCUAAUAUUUUAAAA